AUGACUCUACGCACUCGCACGCAUCGCACUACUCGCUCGCACAGACUCGCGGCAACCGCAUCGCUCGCUUCCCUCGUCUCGCUCGGCUCGUCGCUCGUCGUCCCCCCAUCGGCAGACGCCCUCGCUCGCGCCUCGCUCGCCUCGCUCUCGGGCGCAUCAGGCGAGUCGAGCAUCCGCAAGUCGAUCAACUUUGGACCGACCGUCCACGCGCGCACGCACGAUGACGAGGUCUACCCUUCGCCCGCGCUGAGCGUCUGGAACGCCAACCACUUCGCCGCCAAGCACCCCAUCGCCGCGCACUGCUCGUCGGACGUGCAAGAGUCCCCCGUCGACCUCGGCAGGUGCAUCGGGACCGAACUCGCAAAGAGCUUCGUCGCCCACCUCCACCCCGACGCCGAUUUCCGCCUCGACAGCGCCCUCCUCUCGAAGCACUCGGGCGUCGUCCACGCCCACUUUACCCAGGUCGUCGACGGCAUCCCCGUCGCCAACGGGAACCUCAACGUCAACGUCGACCUCUCGACCGGCAAGGUCCUCUCGUACGGCGACUCGUCGCUCGCCGCCUCGCACGCCGACAAGCCCGCCGUCGCUCGCUCGGGCGGACGCAAGUUUGACUGGAAGCAGCGCGUCAAGUCGUGGGCGUCGGACGUCGUAGACCGCGUCGACUCGGGCGCGAACCAGGUCGUCUUUGGCGGUGCGGCUCCCAGUCACGAGACCGGCUCGCGCCUCCUGUCGCAUGCCGACGCUGCCGACCCGCGCGAGGGGCUCUUGACCUUCCUCGCGAUCCAGUCGUCGACGGUUCAGCUCGCGCAGGCGCUCGAGUCGACCCCUCGCCCGCAGCUCGUCGACGCCAUGACGAUCCGGCAGCAAGUCGGCGGCGACUCGGCGCACGAUCUCGAGAUCGACACGCACCUCGCAGGCGUUGAGGAGCCCGUCAAGGCGACCAUGUGCUACGUCCACGAUGGCGAGGACGUCCGCCUCGCGUGGAAGUACGAGCUCAAGACCCAGGACAACAUGUACGAGGCGUACAUGUCGAGCGACAAGUCGGUCGCUGCGGGCGACGAGGAGCCGCUGCUCGUCGUCGACUGGGUGCGCGACUUCAAGUUGACUGGCGGCGAACUCGGCAUCGAGGCGGCCGGCCUCGUCGGCUCGCGCGCGUUCCUCCGUGACGACGCCGUCGUCAACGCCGCGGCAGUCAAGACCGCGUCCCACCCCACCGCGUCGACGACGGACGAGAAGCUCGUCGCCAAGAUGCGCAAGGUCCAGCCGGCGUACAAGGUCUUCCCCUGGGGCGUCAACGCUCCGGACGAGGGCAAGCGUUCGCUCCUCACCGGUACGCUCGUCGAGAUGGACUCUGAGGCGUCGCCCGUCGGCUGGCAUACCGUCCCCGCCGGCAAGGACUACUCGUCGCACUCGAAGGACACGUUCUACUUCGAGACGCGCGGGAACAACGUUCUGGCGCAGGACAACCCCUCGGGCGGGAACUCGAUGGACGGCUUCCGCGCCAACGGCGGCGAAGACAUGUCGUUCAAGUUUCCGAUCCACAUGACCAAGCCUGGCACGCCGCUCGACCCGACUUCGUACAUCAACGCCUCGGUCACCGAGCUCUUCUACACUUCGAACGAGAUCCACGACCUCUACUACCGCUACGGGUUCGACGAGGAGAGCGGAAACUUCCAGGAGGAGAACUUUGGGCGUGGUGGGCGCGGAGGAGACGCCGUGCAGGCCAACGCCCAGGACGGCAGUGGCUACAACAACGCCAACUUCGCAACCCCGCCCGACGGCCAGCGCCCUCGCAUGCGCAUGUACGUCUGGAAUGCCCAGCAGCCGUACCGCGACGGCGACUUCGAAGCCGGCAUCGUCAUCCACGAGUACUCGCACGGCCUCUCGACGCGCCUCACCGGUGGGCCUGCCAACUCUGGCUGCCUUGGUUGGGGAGAGGCAGGCGGAAUGGGAGAAGGCUGGGGAGAUUUCCUUGCGACCAUGAUCAGGUUGCACGACACGAACGUUACCGACUACUCGAUGGGCGAGUGGGCGAGUAACCGCGCCAAGGGUAUCCGCUACUACCGCUACUCGCGCAACAUGACCGAGAACCCUUCGACGUACAACUUCCUCUCCCGCCCUGGCUACUGGGGCGUCCACGCCAUCGGUGAAGUCUGGGCCGAGAUGCUCUUCGAGCUCGCCGAGAACCUCAUCGACAAGCACGGCUUCCACCCGACCCUCUUCCCGCCCGCCGUCAAUGGCACCGACUCGACCGGCUUCUACUCGGAGCGCCACCUCGUCCAGAGCGGCAAGAAGGUCCCUGCGCAUGGCAACACGCUCGCGGUCCAGCUCGUCAUCGACGGCAUGAAGAUCCAGCCGUGCAGGCCGACCUUCCAGAACGCUCGCGACGCCAUCAUCACGGCCGACAAGGCGCUCACGGGCGGCGAGAACGAGUGCAUCAUCUGGCAGUCGUUUGCCAAGCGCGGUCUCGGACCUGACGCGACGCUCGUCGGCUCGACGCCGUGGGGCGGCGGAGUGCGCAAGGAGGACUACGACGUCCCGAAGCGCUGCGUCGAGAAGAAGGACCCGAAGGGCGGCAAGGGCAAGAAGGACCGCAAGGACCGCCAGAAGCCUGCGCUCUUCUAG